AUGAAUCUCGCCUCAACCAUUUGGAGAUGCAUUAUUACACUACUAUGUUUUUCCAUCAAGUGGAGCCCUUUGCUCUUUGAUGGCUCCCUGCGCUUAAAAACCCAUGGCUAUGUGACAGUGGAGCCAGCUUCACCCUUCCUCAUGGGUUCAAACCUGACAGUGUACUGCCACAUCACAGACUGUCAAUCGAAGAAGGAAUGGUUGAUAUUCCUGAAGGCGAAUGGUCGCAUUGUGUAUCCUCAGAAAAGCAAUGACUGCACUGCAGUAUUCAAGCUGUCCAAUGUCGGGAUGCUGCCGUGGGUGGAGUGCAGGAUGGAGCAUUUUGGGAUGUCGAAGAGUGUCAAUGGACUGGGCCUACUCAGUGGGCUCCCACCAGAUACACCUAAAAAUAUUGUCUGUGAAACGGCAAAGGAAUCCAGCUUCAUAAAUUGCUCGUGGGAGAGAGGUCAGGAAACGUAUGUCCAUACUACCUACAACGUUUCACUUAACAGAGAAAAUGGGACCCGUAUAUAUUCAUAUCGGAUCCAGGAUGCUGAAGAAAUCUCCAUACCACGAGCAAAGUUAGCAGAUAACACUAAAUAUCAGUUGAUCAUCACUGCUUAUAACCACUUUGGAGCAUCCCAGUCUGAUCCAUUUACUCUCUGCAUAAAGGAUAUAGUUAUACCAGAGACCCCUCAUAUUAUGCAGAUACAGUUUGAGAAUAAGUCCAUAGCAGCAAUGUUGCAGUGGAAAACUGAAUCCUCCCAGCGUCUCAAGACCUGCAUCAGACACCGCAAAGAUAAGGAUUCCUGGGAAGUGAGCGAGGGAACAGAGCUCAGUGAGGGUUUGAUAAAAGUGGAUGGCCUGGAGCCUCUGACAGAAUAUGAGUUCCAGAUGAAAACAUGUAACUUAACAUCAGGACUUACACAGACCAGCACACCCAUGUCAUCCUGCAGCAGUAAGUCGUUCUGCAGCAAAUGGAGCCCAUCUCAGAGGACAAGAAGCCCCGGAAGAGGCCCAUCUCAGCAACUAGAUGUGUGGAGGAUAUUAGGCAAUCAGGUGACAAAUGCACAGAUGGUGACUGUUCUGUGGAAGCCUCCACCUCCAGAGGAUUACAGCGGCGAGUUGCAACAGUACAAGAUCUUCCUGGAUAACGAUCCAAAACAGAAAGAGACCUGCCCUCCUGCUCUGAGCCGAUGCUUAGUUCACGUGCCUCCAGAGGUUCAGGCAAUACGUGUCAGUGUUGUCACCUUGUAUGGGACUUCUCCACCAGCUGAUGUGCCACUCAGACCCUCAGGUGUUUUUGGACUUGCUCUAAGAGAGCUGGCUCCUGCAGCUCAUGGCAAUGCUGUGCUCGUCUCCUGGUCAUGGUCAAGGACUAAACAGUGGUUAACAUCUGGAGGAGAGCUGUUGUACUAUGUGAUAGAAUGGAUGAGUGUUCCUCCGGCAGAGCUGCAGUGGCAAAAACUGGACAAAGAUCAAAACAACACCUGUAUCACAGGUCUGACUGCAGGUGUGAGGUACAAUAUCUCUCUGUAUGCUGUGACCACCAGAGGUGUUAGUGCCCCAUCAUCAGGCCUUGUCUACUCCAAAGAACAGAAGCCAGUGUCUGGUCCCAGUAUGUCAGUGCUGGUGCAUAAAGCCAGUCGGAUCCUGAUCCAGUUUGAUGAGCUGGCUGUAGAACAGCAAAGAGGCUUCAUCACAAACUACACCAUUUAUCUCAAGACGCUAGCCACCAGCAACAAAGAACUCCGUGUGACAGUGCCCGCCUCCGUCUCCAGAAUGAUAUCGCUGGACUGUCCUGAGGGAAUUCUGACUCUCCAGAUGACUGCAUCCACCUCAGCAGGAGAAGGACCACGGGGCAAUUUGAUCUCCUCUCAGCCUGCAAACCCUGCAGUCACCACUGACCACUAUAGCACGGUUGUUGUGAUUGUUUGCAUCAUUACCUUCUUCGCAGCGAUCAUAGCCAACCUGUUGUGCUGGAGCUGUGUGAGAAAAAGAAUCAAACAGAGAUGCAUCUCUUGGGGACCUUCCUGGCUUGUUGAAAACUUGCCAAAGCUGGGACACAGUAAUGCCAUCAGACUGCUGGAGCAGGGCGGAAGUGAACGGUCAUUCUCGUCCACCCAAAAUGACCCUCCGCUGUCCCCCAUCAGUCUGAUCUCCCAGGAGGACAGGGAGGAUAUGUACCCCACCUUCCACGUCGAGGUUGAAUUAGCAACCCAACAACGACCCUCGGUGGAGAUGCCUUUACUGGACACAGGUUCUGGGACAAUGCUUGCUGACAGCCAUCUGGAACACGUCAGCUACAAACCCCAGAUCAUUACGUCUACUCCACUAGAAGAGGAAGUGCAGGAGGCUGAAGAGGAGCAGAGGGACAUGCCAGCAUUUGGCGAGGAAGACAGCUGUCUAAGUGUAUUUGAAGAUUUGCUGUCCACUGUGGAGGUGGAUUUUUCCGAUUCACCUUUGGGGCUGACUCUCAGCUCUGUUAAUUGUCUUUUGUGGCCUAAAACUCCCGAAACAACAAGUGUCCUGAAUAAAGGAGUCUUACUUGGGAGGACUGGGAGUAAUGCGGAAGAGGAUUCCCGCUCUAUGGAUUCACAACAAGCUGAAAUAAUGACUCCUGACCAGGGGGGCACUGUGCCUCAAUGUGCAGAGACAUCACUUACCGGUGGUUACUUCCCUCAGGUGUCUUCUGUCAGCAUCAAUACAACCUGUCACACUCAGAGGUAG